GCUUUUCUUUGCGGCAGGACCAAUACAGAGUGCAGGACGGGACGGAAUCGCGUAGGCAGCCGCAAUAUUUGCUUUGAGUCGUCUGGAGUCGCUGUGAAAACGCAACGCCACCUUCUGGAGGACAGAACUUCUCUUUAAGGGAACACGCGGGAGACAACCUCCACGUUCCAGCGCGUGUCUCCAGCUUCUGUUGUUUCAGAUCCUUCUUCGACGUUUGCGUUCUCCUGCUCCGGUUUUCUCUGUGUUUCUUCUCGGCUUCACCCUCAUAUCGUCCGCUUUGUUUCUCUUCGCCUCCUCCCGCUGACUUGCGGGCUGUCUCUCCUUUUCCUCUCCCAUCUCCCCGUCGCGCGACGUGUAGGUUCGUUUCUCCUGAACUCCGGACAUCCACCCGGUUUCUCGUAUCCUGCAUCUCCGAUAGACAAGAAACUCGAAGAGUCUUGCCUCCAGAUCGCCGAACUGCUUGUCCCCUUCGGAAACACCCACAGAACAAGCUUGCACUGCGGCCGCUGCACCCCUCUUCUUGUUUUGAUGCUCCUCAAUUCUUCCACAGACUCGUGUGCGCUUCUGUUCUCUUUUCUCGCCCGUCUCCAUCCCCUUUCUUCUCUCCAAAGAGCACCUGCCGCAUCUCACUCUGCCCCUUCCCCUCUGCAUCCUUCCUGCCGAUCCUCCUUCACUCCUCCGACUUCUCCACCUUGAGCGUCGUGCUCCACCGUUCUUCUCUCCACCAGACAGUCUCCCUUCGUCGCUCCAAAACAACAUGGCGGAUGUAGACAUGACCGUCGACAGACGCUCUCCUUCAGCCUCGAAGAGCAGGAAGCAGAAGGGUCGAGGUCUGAAGGAGGGAGGACGGGAGACUGACGGACGCUACAGCGGUCAGGCGGGAGUUUUCGAAAGACUCGAGGAGCAGAAUGGGGCGACAAGCACUCGACGAGAGUCCGAGAAGUCCAAGGGAGCUGCACCGGCUCGAUCCGUAGAGGGAUGGAUCAUCGUGGUGCGCAAUCUGCACGAGGAAGCUCAGGAGGAAGACAUCCAUGAGAACUUUGAAUCUUUCGGCCAAAUCAAAAACCUCCACCUGAACCUCGACCGACGAACAGGGUUUGUCAAGGGCUACGCCUUCAUCGAAUUCGAAACAUUUGAAGAAGCCGAGGCAGCUAUCAGAGGCAUGGACAACCAGCAGCUCUUGGGUCAGACAGUGUACGUGGACUGGGCGUUCAGCAAGGCACCGAACGAGAAGAGGCGUCGCUGACGGAGAAGGGAAAACGAACGUUCGACGCUGACGCGCAGCGCCAUAUGCGAUCUAGGAGAAACAACAGAGAUUUCGGCAGAAGGGGAGGCGAACGGGGUAGAACGGGUUUCCGCCAAAGGAGGCAGCGACAGCAAGCGGGAGAGAAAGAGAGCUAUUCGCGAAGAGGAAAAGCGAGGAAAACUGGAGGGAAAAGUGCCACACAUCACUCAGACGUCUGCAUCACCGGGCAGGACUUAGCCCGUGAAAAGGGACUUGCCUUCUUGUCGUGGGCCGCCUCUCAGAAAAACGAGAAGUCGAGAAGCGGCCUUUAGUGCUAUUGACAAGUGAAGGGAGAAAUGGCCCAUGUAUUGGAUUCAAACGCUCCUUUUCUUUUUUUUUGCAUUUUCCUCUCUUCCGUUGUGCCCGGGGCACACGCUCCGGCGUCGAAUGCGAGUUAUGCGCGCUGCCGGGUGUGUAUACACAUCGUGUUCUGCGCUGCUGUGAGUUCGGUCGAAGAUACGUAUUCUCCUGCGGGUCGUCCUGAGAUUGUGGCGUUCUCCUGACUUCUCGUUUGCCGGCAAACUUCACCUCCCUCUUGUUCACCCGAGAAAUGGCA